UUACGUCACACUCUAAACCUCUCGUUGGACUGGUUGGGUUAGAUAGUUGUUGAACUGGCUGACAGACACAGCCAGCCACAAUCAGCCGAGACUUGGCUAUCAUUACUAACAGCGACACCGUUUGACUGACUAGCUGUACCUAGUUAGCCUCAGUGUUGUGGCCAGGGAAGUUGAACGGAAUCUAAUUUCAUGCGGGAAUUAGCCGACAGUCGUUAGAUAGCCUCCACCUGUUAUUUGCUACAUCGAGGGGCUAAGUUAGCUCACGUCAACGUUACGGUUGACUGCUAGCUCACAUUAGCUAAUUGUAUUACUUUCCGUCCCUGCUGCGUAUCAUAACAAGGUUGACAAAAUGUUGCAGUGAGUAAUGCUCCGAUUGUUGAUAUUAAUAAUGGCCCUCUGGGGGGCACAAGGAUGCUCCAAUCCAGAGAGCUGCGUGACCCAGCCGCCCAAUUCCACCUCCAGGGCCUACUGUUUCUCUGCCCGAAUUCUCAGUACAGUGCUCCAGGGUUUGCCUUUCGGCGGGGUGCCUACUGUCCUUGCCCUUGACUUUAUGUGCUUCCUGGGGCUGCUGGUUGUGUUCUCCUUCUUGAGAAAAGUAGCAUGGGACUAUGGGCGCCUCGCUCUGGUGACUGACGCUGACAGAAGAAUGGAUCAACGAUACAGUCGCCUGGAUGAUCGGGAAUAUGUGGCGUCUGCUUUGACAUCAGAUACACCAGAACGCUAUGAGCGCCUCACUUCAGUUUCCAGCUCUGUGGACAUUGAUCAGAGAGACACAGGGUUCUGCUCCUGGUUAACUGCCAUCUUCCGCAUCAAAGAUGAAGAGAUACGGGAGAAGUGUGGUGAAGAUGCAGUGCACUACCUGUCCUUUCAGCGGCACAUUAUUGGCCUGCUGGUAGUGGUGGGUGUGCUGUCUGUGGGCAUCAUCCUGCCCGUCAACUUCUCGGGAAACCUACUUGAAAACAAUGCCUAUAGUUUUGGGCGAACCACUAUAGCAAAUUUGGAUGCAAAUAAUACACUACUGUGGCUGCACACCACCUUUGCAUUUCUCUACCUGUUACUGACGGUGUACAGCAUGCGACGGCACACCUCAAAGAUGCACUACAAGGAGGAUGACCUGGUGAAACGCACUUUAUUUGUCAAUAACAUCUCCAAAUAUGCAGAGGAGAGUGAGAUAAGGCAACACUUUGAGCAGGCGUACGAAAACUGUGUUGUACUGGAAGCUCGUAUCUGUUACAAUGUGGCCAGGCUGAUGUAUCUCAACUCAGAAAGGAAGAAGACUGAGCGCAGCAAGAAAUUCUUCCUUGACCUGCAGGCCAAGGAGCACAUUACCACCAUGAUCAAUCCAAAACCCUGCGGACACCUUUGCUGUUGCAUCAUCAAAGGCUGUGAGCAGGAAGAAGCAGUGAGCUACUACACUAAGCUGGAGUCACAACUAAAAGAUGACUACAGGAAGGAGAGAGAAAAGGUUAACAGGAAGCCCUUAGGAAUGGCCUUUGUCACCUUCCAGAAUGAGGCCAUAACUGCCAUAAUCUUGAAAGACUUCAAUGCCUGCAAGUGUCAGGGUUGUCACUGUCGUCGGGAGCCCAAGAGCUCUCAAUUCAGCGGCAAGCUCCACACACACAACUGGACUGUCGGCUACGCCCCUGAUCCACAAAAUGUCUACUGGGAGCAUCUGUCAGUGGGAGGAUUCUCCUGGUGGAUCCGCUGCUUGAUUAUAAACCUUGUCCUCUUCCUCCUCCUCUUCUUCCUCACCACCCCGGCCAUCAUCAUCUCCACAAUGGACAAGUUCAAUGUUACCAAACCAGUGGAGUACCUUAAUAAUCCAAUUAUCACCCAGUUUUUCCCCACCCUCCUUCUGUGGUCCUUCUCUGCCUUACUUCCUACCAUUGUCUACUACUCUGCCUUCUUCGAAGCCCACUGGACUCGGUCAGGAGAGAACAGGACUACGAUGCAUAAAUGCUAUACUUUCUUGAUCUUUAUGGUCCUGCUGCUGCCCUCCCUUGGACUCAGCAGUUUAGAUGUUUUCUUCCGCUGGCUUUUUGACAAAAGAUUCUUGGCAGAUGCAAAAGUGAGAUUUGAGUGCGUGUUUCUUCCUGACAAUGGAGCCUUCUUUGUGAACUAUGUGAUUGCGUCUGCAUUCAUUGGUAAUGCCAUGGACCUGCUGAGGAUCCCUGGUCUACUUAUGUACAUGAUCCGCCUCUGCCUGGCUCGCUCUGCAGCAGAGAGGAGGAACGUAAAGAGGCACCAAGCCUAUGAGUUCCAGUUCGGGGCAGCUUAUGCCUGGAUGAUGUGUGUCUUUACUGUGGUAAUGACCUACAGCAUCACCUGCCCAAUCAUCGUCCCUUUUGGGCUGAUGUACAUGCUGCUGAAACACCUAGCAGACAGGUACAACAUGUACUACGCAUAUCUGCCAUCCAAACUUGACAAAAAGAUCCAUUCUGGAGCGGUCAAUCAAGUGGUGGCUGCUCCUAUUCUCUGUCUCUUUUGGCUUCUGUUCUUCUCCACGGUUCGCUCGGGUUUUAGAGCGGCUACAUCCAUGUUCACAUUCAUAGUUUUGAUCAUCACAAUCAUUAUCUGCCUCUCUCACGUCUGCUUCGGACACUUUAAAUAUCUCAGUGCUCACAACUACAAGAUUGACACCCAGGAGGUGGACGGGUUGGAGAAUGGGCGUCCAGUGUGCGCGUCUGCCGCCAACAAGGCAGCACAAAUGUACAUCGCUGAGGUACUUCAAGACCCAAAUUCAGAGGAGGCCGGUUCAGGCAGUGGUGAGGAUGACGGCCAGGGGUCCUCGCAGGACGAGGAAAUAAUCAAUGUGGAAAAUGGCCUGAAUGAGGACUUCCAGUCUGGUGAGGACAGCCUCAUUGAUAAUGAAGUGAGGCACUGAUACUGAACAGAAAAAAACACCCCCCUCAAUUUUAACUUGAGGAGUGCACUGAAUAUGUGAAUUACACUACGAACUGAACCAACAGUUCUCCAAAGCAUCUCAACCUCCAUCGAGGGAUUUUACACUAACACAAGCACACUGUCUACUAAGGAUUGAAUGGAUUGUUGCUCAAGGAUUCCUGCGUUCCCUUCACUGGAUCUCACCACCCCACAUCUUCUGUCUGUGUACCUGAAGAGGGAAUCUACUCUGACAAUGCAUUUCCCUUCUGCCCCGAUAUAGCUGAGGCACACCCCGAAACACUGCACACGGACCCAUGAAAGAAAGACACUAAUGCACAAAUGAGAAUAGUUUGCCUUGUUUUGUAAGGGGAACAAUAUUCUGUCUGUAUUUCCUUAACAUUAUUGCACUUGAAAGAGAGGACCUGUCCUAUAAGCUCAAGUUUCAGUAAGGUACUGUAGUACAGCAUGCCUUCGAGUUCUAAUGGUGGAGGGCUUUUCCUGUAAUAUUUGCAAGUGUCUCUGAUUGUCUGCACUAAAUGCUUCCCCUAAAUAAGAGAGAGGAGACAAGAUGAGUUUUUCACCAGACAGCUCAGCCUGUGCAGAUGUGAUGUUCUCAAAACGGUUCUUCCAAUUCCAAAAGCCUUUAAAAGAAGGAAAGACAGAAAAGAAAUAAGAAUUCCUACUAACACUCCUGGACCCUUUGACACUGUACAGCUUCAAAACUCUGGAUUUGUAAAAUAGCCUUUUUUGACAUGGUAUUUAUUUGUAGGCAUUGAAUUUUAAAUGCCAUCAAGCUUGAUACAUCCCUAAACUGUGGAAGAAAAUAAUAUCUUGGCACACUACAUUGUUAAUGAUCUUUUUGGCAUUCAGUCUCUGAGCCUUUGUUGGGACUGCUGUUGGACUGCUGCUACUGCUGCUGCCCCCUGUAGGGGGAAGUACUUGCACGGCUGCUGCAGGAGGACUGGAGGCCAGGAGCCUGCUGAUCCUUUUGUGUUGUUAGAGGAUGGAGAGAAAGGCCUUGUGGGGUUUUUUUUGCAGGUCAGCUUCAUAUAAUACUCAUUGUGACUGGUUCUCUUUAUCUGUUGUUUUCGUUUAUAUCUUUUUUGUCCAUGUGUUUACGUCUUUAUGUCGAGAUAUCGAAAUUGGCGUUCAGUGUAGAUGGCUACUGAUAGUUUUACAAAUGCACUAAUCAAUAUGUUAUCAUCCAGUCCUCUGCCAGCCCCUCUUCAUUUUCUGAUGUAGGUAGAAUAUCAUUCCAGUAUUCAUCGAGCAUUGUUACAGUUUCCCGUUUGCAAUUACUCAGUGCCGAGUUGUAGACGCCGUAACUCAAAUUGUGCAGUUUUAGUGAUGGCAUAUCAGAUCUUAGGCUAGGCCACUUUAGAGAGUUACACCAGUGGAUGAGGUCCACCUUAACUUUAUGUUGUUGAAUGCCGCUAUGCCAAUCGCCACACAUUGAAAGAAAAAUGGAAGAUAUAUUCAUUAUUUUGCUUUUGAGUCGUUAUGAAGUAAUUCAGUUUCCCCCCACAAUUGUACAUUCCAUUUGUAAAUCCAGUGUCCAGCCUGUUGCCAGAGCAUCUCCACUUUCGAUUGUACAGAAACCCUGAGAGGCAAAAUUCAUAUAAACUCUUUUCUAAGUUUUGCCAGGAUAAUUUUGUAGUUGUAAUACUAAUUUUGGCCAUAAGAGGCUGAUGUGCACCACUGCCCCUUGUUCUAAACAGGACUUAAAGCAUUUUAUUCUGGGUAAGUUUUAAUUUCUCCUUGUAUUCUAUUAUGAACCUUGGUUUUGAGUGCAUGGAGAAAUUAGUGGAAAUUAAUGCUUUUAGAUUACCCUGGCAAAACCCUUUUUCACCUGUUCUAAAGCCAUGAACACAGGAGAGAACCAUUUCGAUCAGAUUUAGAAAAUGGGUUACCACAAUUUCAUUUUUUGUCUUACUUGCCUCUGAGUACUUCGGUAUAAUUGUGAAAGACAUUGUUAAACAUUCAAAUGAUUCCUGAUCUGCCUCAGCCAUAUGAAGCAGCUUAUUUCAGGAAGAGUCGUACAAAAACACACAA